AGAUGGCGUCUAAAGACAGGUUAGCUGUGAUUUCGGCGCAUUUGCUUGGAGGAAAGUCGAUCAAAAUCGCAGAAAGUCAGUCCACUGUUAACACAACACUUUGUGCAGCCGCUGACGGAAAAGUAGUUGUUGACGAAGAACCUCCAACGAUUCCGAAACGAAGACAGGAUGUUCUCAAGUGGAAUGGCUGGGGAUACAAAGACUCCAAGUUUCUCAUUAACAAAGAAGGCCAUGUUGAGUUCUCAGGUGAAAGAUAUCGUCUUAGCAAUUGCAAGAUGCCAUCAUUGCGUGACUGGAUGAAAACCACAAUUGGAAUCAGUUUAGAACACAAAAGUCCUGCUCAGCCUGAAAUAACAUCAGCUGAUAUCCCCACGCCGACAGUGAACCACAACUUCAUGAGUGACCUUCGACCUACGGGUAUUUCUUUCUCUGAUGACUGUCAGGAUAGGCUGUUCCGAGCUCAUGGACAUAUGCUGCACGAAGUCUUUGUUCUCAGAGAGGGGAUGUUUAAGCGAGUUCCUGAUCUCGUUGCCUGGCCAAGCUGUCAUAAAGAUGUUGUUAAAAUUGUCGAUCUUGCCCUUCGCCAUGAUGUCGUCAUUAUCCCUUUCGGAGGUGGCACCAGUGUAUCAGGAGCGCUGGAAUGCCCAGAAGGAGAAACAAGAAUGAUUGUCUCCCUUGAUACAUCACAAAUGAACAAAAUCUUGUGGAUUGAUGAAAAGAACAUGACGGUGCACGCUGAAGCAGGAAUAAUAGGUCAAGAUUUGGAGAGAAGGCUUGCGAGUAAAGGUUUCUGCACGGGUCACGAACCAGACUCGAUGGAAUUCAGUUCUCUUGGGGGCUGGGUCGCUACGCGGGCCUCGGGAAUGAAGAAAAACGUUUACGGCAACAUUGAAGAUCUUCUGGUUCAUGUGAUGUUUGUAACACCAAAGGGAGUGAUGCAGAAAAGCUGUCAGGUUCCAAGAAUGUCGUCCGGUCUUGAUACUCAUCACUUUAUUCUCGGAUCAGAAGGAACGUUGGGGGUGGUCACCGAGGUGACACUGAAGAUUCGGCCACUGCCCCCCUGUAAAAAAUACGGCUCCAUCGUGUUUCCAAACUUUGAAAAUGGUGUUAACUGCUUGAGAGAGAUUGCUCGACAGCGAUGUGCACCUGCUUCCAUUCGGUUGGUGGACAAUGAACAGUUUCAGUUUGGUCAUGCUUUAAAACCGGAAGUGAAUUCCAUUCUGACAAGUUUUCUGGAUGGUCUGAAGAAGCUGUACAUCACAAAGUUGAAAGGCUUUGACCCGAGCCAGCUAACUGUGGCCACACUGCUGUUUGAGGGAACGAAAGAGGAAGUGGCUGCACAAGAGAAAAGGGUUUAUGAAAUAGCUAGUAAUUUUGGUGGGAUCCCAGGGGGAGCGGAUAAUGGCGAGAGAGGGUAUAUGUUGACUUUCGUCAUCGCCUAUAUCAGGGAUCUUGGUUUUGAGUAUUAUAUUGUGUCCGAGUCGUUUGAGACCUCCGUUCCCUGGGACAGAUGUCUUGAUUUGUGUCAAAACGUGAAAGAAAGGUUGUACCGAGAGUCGAAAGAUAGAAAGAUUCAGUUUCCUCCAUACGUUACAUGCAGGGUUACGCAGACGUAUGACGCAGGUGCAUGUGUGUACUUUUAUUUUGCUUUCAACUACAGAGGAUUAUCGAACCCGGUCGAGAUAUAUGAAAGUAUAGAGAGUUGUGCCCGAGAUGAAAUCCUGGCUAAUGGCGGAAGUAUUUCACAUCAUCAUGGAGUUGGGAAAAUUCGCAAGAAGUGGUUAGCGAAGACCGUGGGUGAAGUUGGACUGGGAGCGAUGCGAGCUGUGAAGCAAUACAUCGACCCACAAAAUAUCUUCGCUAACAACAACCUCAUGAUUGGUGACGCGACGCACUAAUUGCUUGCUUUUUACGGACAUCUUUUGUGAUAGCUCGCACAUUCACAGUCUCACAGGACGUUCAUUCAUACUUUACCGGAUAGAACGUGAAAUUUUAUCUGGAUAAUCAUUUAGUUACAUAAUAAGAAAUCAUUUACCUUCUUACAUUCUCAAAUCAACCUCUGGAUAUAAACACUUCCGAAAUUUUACAUAUGAUGUUAUGCUUGUUGUGAAAGAUGUCCAGUUAAUGAAGCAUUUUAACUUGCAUGACAGAGCAUAAAAUUGUAUCAGCAUGAUCACACAGUUACAUAACUUCCAAUCCCCAUAGAUAUAAAAUCUGUUGCGAGAUAAAUUUUCAAAUCAACCUUGACAUUUCUGAAAUUUUAUAUUGGCUUUUUGUGAUAAAAUGUUCACCAAUGAAGCAUUUUUAUUUACAUGACAGAGCAUAAAAUUAUAUCUGCAUGAUCAUUCAGUUACGUAACAUGAAUAUGAAAUCUGUUGCCGAAUUAAAUUCUCAAAUCAGCCUCGGAAUAUAAACAUUUCAGACAUUUUAUAUAUGUAUGUUGUGAUAGAAUGUCCACCAUGGAGACAUUUUUACUUACAAGACAGAGGGAAAUUGUAUCUGUGUGAUCAUUCAGUUACAUAACUUCCAAUCCACAUGAAUAUCAAUUCUUUUGCCGGAUUAAAUUCUCAAAUGAACCUUGAUAUAUAAACACUUCUAAAGUUACUUAGAUUUCAUUUGUGUUGAAUGUGAUAGCUCAAACAUUGACAGUCUCAAGCUGUAUCCUAACCACACACAAGCGAUUAUUUUAGAAAUCAUUGAUUUAAAUUGCUGUAUCCUAACUGCACAGCGUGCGACGCGACAGAUUUAACGCUCGCAGCCGGUUAGGAUACAGCUUCAUUGAAGUUUUAUUGGAAUUUUAUCUACAUGAUCAUCAGUUAUAUAACUCCAGUUCACAUGAUCAGUGUACAUAUAUCCUUAGCAUAAUUAAUUAAAUAAAUAAAAUUAAGUGAUUUUCAGCUCCGUAUAAAAAUUUAAAAACUAAAGAAUCAUUCUUAUCAUUGAACAUUUUUAAAAAUAACAUGCAGUAAUGAGGCAAUUUUUGCUUGUGAUUUUUGUUUUCAGUAUUCCACAAACAAUGUACGUACAUUUCUGUAGAAUUUCUAUUCAUAUAUAACUAUUUGUGAAUAAAUUCAACUUCAUAAUAUCUGUA